AUGAACCAUUCACCUGAUGAUCCCGAUGAUUUGGUACGAAAGAAAAUUGAUCUUAAUCAUAUUACAAAUAUGAGCUAUCAAAUGCAUGUUCCCGAUUCGAUAACAGUUGGUCCAACUCGAUCGACUAUACCUCGUCUUGAUCAAGACAGCGAUCGAGCGCCGAUUCGUAUGGAAGUACCGGAACGACUUCGUCCAGGUGGCAAUGGGAGCAUGGUGAUGUUGAAUGAUACCGACUUUUUUACCAAUGGAGAGUCGAAUCAUUUAUCGGACUCGUUCAUUCAGCAACCAUCUCUUCCAUCGACGCUUCAUCCGAAAGAUAUUGAAACUGCCAGUGACGAUGAUUACACAUCAGUUGACAUUAAAGGCAAUUCUCAGCCAGUGCACAUUGCUGAUUCAUGGCAUAUCGAAUCCUUUAAUAGUACAGACGAUAAAAAUGUUCUGAACAAAAUCCAAUUGCUCCAAAACCGUGUCCAGCAAAUGGAACCUCAAAUGAGUACAUACAUGCGAGAGGAUUUAACACGCAAUGAAAAAAUCCAACAAGCACAUCGAAUACUGAAUGAAAAUAAAUAUUCACUCGAUGCAUGGGCCUUACUAACUCAAGACGCUCAGGAAAGGAAAAUUGUCGAAUCAAGGCAAUUCUAUGAAUCAUUAGUAACACAGUUUCCGACCUGUGGAAAAUUUUGGAAGAUCUAUGUCGAAGCGGAAAUGAAAGGACGAAAUUAUGAAAAAGUGGAAAAAUUAUUUCAACGAUGUUUAAUCAAAGUGUUGAAUAUCGAUCUGUGGAAAUGUUACUUAAACUAUGUGCGGGAUACCAAAAGCAUCUUACCGACGUUCAGGGAAAAAAUGGUACAAGCAUACGAUUUUGCUUUGGAAAAGAUCGGAAUGGAUGUUUAUUCGUAUACAAUCUGGAAUGAUUAUGUUACAUUUCUCAAAUCUGUGGAGGCUGUUGGUCCAUAUGCGGAAAAUCAAAAGAUAGCCGCCGUGCGAAAAGUUUACCAAAAAGGUAUUAUGACUCCUAUAGUCAGCGUAGAUUUAUUAUGGAAAGAUUAUUGCGCGUUUGAAAUGAGUGUCAAUCCAACAUUGGGUAAAAGUAUUAUCGAAAGUCGUUCACGCGAUUUUCUCAAUGUGAAACGAGUGACUAAAGAACUGGAAAUAUUAACACGUGCACUUGAUCGAAAUAGUCCAUGCGUGCCACCCACAACGCCGCAAUCAACCGAGGAGAUCAAGCAACUAGCAGCAUGGAGAAAACUCAUUACUUGGGAACGCUCCAAUCGAUUGAAAACAGAAGAUGCUCUACUUGUUACUCGCCGAGUCGUUUUGGCAUACGAACAGUGUCUUUUAUGUCUAGGAUAUUAUCCCGAUCUUUGGUAUGAAGUCUGUGCGUAUUUGGAGCAAACUUCGCGUCUGUAUUCCGAACGUGGUGAUGCACAUUUAGCGAAACGUUUUCUCGAUGAAGCUUCGACUUUGUAUGAACGUGCAACUCAAACAUAUAUGCGCUCCAACAUGCUCAUUCAUUUUGCUUAUGCUGAUUUCGAAGAGUAUCGCUUAAAUGUCGAUAAAGCACGUGCAAUCUAUAAUCGUCUACUCAGUCCAGACGAAUCGAAUAUGAAAGAUCCAACGUUAGCAUACAUUCAAGCGAUGCGUUUUGAACGUCGUGCUGAUGGCAUCAAAGCAGCACGAGCUGUAUUCAAACGUGCACGCGAAGAUCCACGUGUCAACCAUCAAGUAUACGUGGCGGCUGCAUUAAUGGAAUAUUAUUGUACGAAAGAUAACAAUAUUGCGUUUAAUAUCUUCAACCUUGGUUUAAAAAAAUAUGGUCAAAAUGUGGAUUAUAUUCUAGCCUAUGUUGAUUAUAUGACACAUUUGAAUGAAGAUCAUAAUGCACGUGUCCUAUUCGAACGUGUUCUCUCACCUGAUAAUGCUAUACCAAAACAAUCACAAUUACCGAUUUGGUAUGAAUUCCUUAAGUUUGAAUCCCAAGUUGGAGAUUUACAAUCGAUAAAGAAGGUCGAGAAACGUCGUUUUAAUACCUAUUCGGAGCUGAACGACUUGGAAGGCCGAGAAACCUUAUUAAUCGUUGAUCAAUAUAAAUUUCUCAAUCUUUUACCAUGCUCAACUGAUGAAUUGAAAUUACUUGGCUAUAAGGAUACUCUUUCAACAAAUUCGUCCUCCAUAACAUCGUCCAUUGCUAAUGGUUCGCCUGCAAUGAACAGUACAACAUUAUUAGAACAAGCCGCACGUGAUCGACGUGCACAUCUAUCUCGACCAGAUAUCAAACAUUUAAUGCCAUAUCGACCGACACGAAAUCCAUUACCAGGUAGUCAUCCAACUCCGGGCGGAAUUUUUCCUCUACCAGAAACAGCCAUGUACCUUGUCAAUGGUCUUCCACCAGCGAGAAAUUUCGAAGGUCCUUUUGUCAUCAUUGAUAAAUUGAUGGAAUACGUUGCCAAUGUCGUUAUACCAGAUAAUUUUGAACCGGUACGUAUAAGUGUUCAAGGUGAAUUUAUCCGUGAUCUUGAUAGCAAUAACAGUCAACAAGGCAGAAAAACUGAACAUGCUGAUAGCGAUGAUGAAGAUCAAAAUUCUCAAACCAAUCUGAAUGGACGUGCUACAAUGAACAUUUACCAACAACGUCAACAAAAACGUGCGCGUCUGGCAACUGCAGGUUCGAAUCUUGAUUAUACAUCAUCUCCGGUGCUUACUUAA